CGCCGCCCGCUGGGCCCUUGUACCUGUGUGCCUGCAUUGUGAUGUGUGUGGAUGUGUGUGUGUGUGUGUGUAUUGGUUGCGCCGCGCGCGCUUGUUUGUCUCUUCUCUCGUCUCUUGGACUGCUUUCUUUUCUUUUUCUUCUUUUUCAAUCCGUCGAUUCCUCCUCAUCACUUUCCUUUCUUUUUCCCCAAAUCAAUCUCGCUCUCUUCGAUAUCCCGUCCCACACGGACACCACCAAUCUCAUACAUCAACCACUCACAAGUUCCCCCUUCACCAGGUUGUUUCUUUUUUUGCUGCCUUUUUCGCAAGCAAGCACCCGCAUUGAUUUGCUCGCUUCCCCAAACUGGUCAUUCCCUUUCUCGGAAUAUUGCCCUUGCAAUUUUCCUUUUGGGGUUAUAAAGUCCCCAGGUUGCCGUACAUCUACAUCGCGCGAGCGCUACUCCUCCGGCAAACAUCCUUGAUCUCCCAAGCCUCCAGCUCAUCGCCAAUUCGCUGGCUGUCUAUGCUGCAACCCGAGCAUCAGUGCAAGUUCGCUUGGUUUAUAUGCGCUUGAUACCCUCCACCAGACUCCAUUCUUAAGAGUCUCAUUUAUAUUUAUCCUCUCAUUCUUCCUUUUGUUACACAUUGAUUUACUCGGCUUUGUAUCCAUUCUUUUACGGGCAUCGAUUCCAGCAACAGCCUCAGAAACACACGGCAACUUAUACAGCAAGCGUGCGACAAACGCCUCAAAACCAAACCUUUCAUUUUUAUUCAUUAGACUACCAAAGAAAUGCCUCCGUCAAGGUCCGCCUCUGUGAGGCAAGCAGUGUCCCCUGCCGUCCGCAAAGCACACUUCAGAGACGACACCAGCCUCGUUGGGCUGCGCUAUGAAAAGACGACUGCAGCCCAGCCGCCCAUUCCCAUUAUUUCACGAAGCGCCUCAGUCAGACGCCCAGCGCGCACGCUCUCUCGGUCAACCUCGUACGCCUCGCUUCACACACCCGUCGUGGUGGUGCCGCCGCGCGGAGCGUUCCUCGAGCCCCCAGUUGAAGUGCACCCUGCGCUGCGAACAGAGGCGGUCGAGGUUCGCGGGCGCAACCGAGAUUCGGGCCACGGGGCAAACACAUCGUCUUCUUCGUCAAGCAUCCCAGAGGAGAGUUGCGAUGACAUUGUCAGCGUUGCAGGCUGCGACACAGAGGGCGAUGUCACUAUGCCAGAUGCUUGUCAUAAGAGCGCCAACGAGGCCAGUUCGCAACUCGUCGAGCGUCCAUCCAACGACACCCAAGCGCAGCCUGAUGCAGAGCUCGAGCUUGUCGCUACUAAUAUGACCAGCACUGGUCUUGCUUCGCCGCCGCCGUCCGAGCCAACGUCGCCCACUACGCCCAGCCGCGCUGCGACUUUUGCUCAAAACUCGUCCUUUCUCCCCUCUACCCCGUCCCCGUCCCCUUCUCUUGCUCGUCAAAACUCCUCUGCCCGCCGCAACAAGCUCAUCAAGAGAUCGUCGUCUUCGUCUGCUGGCAGCCGUGGCUCGUUUUGGAGACACUCGUCGCCCCCAAUGCCCUACUUCCAGACCAUGCCGACCGUGGAGCGGGGCUCGCCCAACGCCCCAGCCACUAAGCCACUCCGCCAACCCUCCAUGUGGCCAACAGCUUACUCCUUUAACAACAACGCCUCCAGCGACGUCGACGCCCCUGACUAUCCUUCUUUCUCUCCCCUCGGCAUUUCUAUCCCCAGCCAGAACUUUGUCGAUGACGACUUGUUCACAAACCUAAACUUUUCCCAGCGAGGCAGUAUUAUGGGAUUUGGCGGCGCCAUGGGCCUCAAUCCGCAUCUCGCCAGUGGCAUCGCCCCCUUUGACAGCAGCAGUGCUCAGGCGCAAGUCUACGACGACGAGUCCUACACAUACACAACACCCACGCAGACUACUACAUCGGCUGGCUCCGACGUCAACUCCCUCUCCCAGGACGACGCCUCGAGUGCCCUCCACCCAGUAGUUACUGCGCGCGGCAACCCUGCUGCUCCCCCCGCCCCCGACGCUCGCGUCCCGACAACCGACGCCGAGCUAGAGUCUCAAAAGGUGAGAUCGCUCUAUGAAGCGGGCGAUGCCAUCAGUUGGGAAGACGGCGCAAGACACUCCUUCUGCGAUCACUUGGACUCCACACCAGAAGUCCUCGCAGAAGAUGAAGACCAUGUCCCAAGAAACGAAGGCCUUCCCGCUCUCGCUCCCGUUCCCGAGCUGUGUAUUCCAAGAUCCGCCGGCUCCUCAUCCCAUCACCACGAUACCGCGAAGAGUGAAACCGGGCCGGGCGACGGCCUUGAGGACUGGGAAGACGUUGAUAAUGCCUUGAUAGACCGCUAUGGCUUUAUUACUGUGCCGCGCAUCCGCUCCCGCGCCGGCACUCCGACCGAGCUCAAGUCGGCGCAGUUUUCCCCUAGAAGGCGAAACGUGCUCCAAAAAAGAGAUCCCAUGGGCUUUACAAGCGGCCAAGGCGCAAGGCGAAUGCCUAGCAGGAAAGUAUCCGCUCGCUCUCUGAAUACCCAGCACUCCCACGCAUCAGUAGUCUCUUUUCGCUCGUCGCGCUCUGUUCUCCGACAAGCCGGCAACAUGUUCCCUCACAACCGCAGUCGUCGCUGGAUGGACGAGGCCGGUGACAUGCUCACCGUAGCGCCCAACUUGCAAGACGAUGUGGAAGAGGCGCAUGUGGAAAAGAUCUCGGAGGCGAUCAAGCGUAAGGAGGUGGAACGCGCAGAGAAGUGGCGCAAGAUGGCCAAGGUAAUCCCCAAAGGCGACGAAGGCCAAGGCAUGGAGUUCGAGUUUGACGUGAAGAACCCAAAGCUCAUUGAAAGAACUUGGAAAGGCAUCCCUGACCGCUGGCGGGCUACCGCCUGGUGGGCCUUUCUAGAAUCAGCAGCAAAGGAGUCGAAAGAUGCCCAGUCAUCGCAGGAACUGAUUACAGAGUUCCACCGCCUCCAGAAUCGAUGGUCUCCAGACGACAGUCAGAUUGACCUGGAUGUUCCUAGGACAGUUGGCCGGCACGUCAUGUUCCGAAAACGGUACAGUGGUGGCCAACGCCUACUCUUUCGCGUCCUCCAUGCCCUCUCUAUACACUUCCCAGAUACGGGCUAUGUCCAAGGCAUGGCUUCGCUUGCCGCUACGCUACUCUGCUACUUUGAGGAAGAGAAGUGUUUCGUCAUGCUGGUGCGCAUGUGGCAGCUGCGAGGCCUUCAAAAGCUGUAUCUCCCUGGAGAUGCUGGCUUGGACGGGCUGAUGGCCGUACUUCAUGCGUUUGAUGCCUCAUGGCUCAACAAGGAAGUGGGCAACCGACUCAGUCAGCUUGGACUAGACACGACAGCCUAUGGCACAAGAUGGUACUUGACUCUCUUCAACCUCUCGCUUCCCUUUCCAGCGCAACUCCGCGUCUGGGACGUCUUCCUCCUUGGAGAAGGAACCCUGGCAAAACCCCCAACGCCAGCCUCUGAUCCCAAAAUGAGUGUCGAUCCCGCCCUGGACGUCCUCCACGCCACAAGCGCCGCUCUGAUCCAAGCCCUGCGCGAGGUCUUGCUCGACUCGGACUUCGAAAACGCUCUCAAGGCCUUGACAUCGCCGAUCCCCGUCAAGGACGAGGAUCUGCUGAUGAAAGUCACCAAAGCAGAGUGGAAAGCCCAUCACAGCAAGAAACGAUUUUGAGCAUUUCUUGUGCCCAUCGCGUCCUCAUUCGCCAAUCAUAAUGCUUCUGCACAAUCAACGCAACUCCUAAGCCUCCGUGCUUCUCUCAAUUCUUCAAGCAUACUCGACAAAAGUUUUACAAGCCCAGCCCCUUCCCGUCACUCUCGAAUGCCGUUUCGCCUCUUGCAUAUUUCUGUUUUCCAAUACCACCUAUCCUUACACGCAUGCACUUACUCUUUUUUUCGUUCUACAUUAUUACAUACGAAUAGAUGACAUGAUGAAGGAGGACCAAGAUUUGGUAUCCUAAUACCACGCCCUUUUCAUUGUAAAAUCGGCUUCUUGUUUGUUUUUGUCUUUUUAUACCCCAUUCCUUAUCUAUGAGUAGUCGCAGGAUACCGACUACAUAGUUACUGUCUUUCAUUGUUAUGCAUGUGCCAUUAUGGCGUGUGCCGUUCCUUUGUCUUUUUUUACUGCAUGAUAAAGAAAGCAACCUGAAUUAUCAGUGCUGCUAGCUAAUUGGUUUAAUACACACAAAGUUUAUUUGUCACAUUCACUGCCUUUCGUGAUAUAUAAAAGACGCAAAAUCGGUUGCGGUUGGAGCUUAUGCAGCACACAAAGUUUGGGAAUUAAAUAUGACAGCACGCUCGCUAUUCAAAGUUAAGCAUCAUGAAAUCAAUCGAAUCAUUUACUCUCUAAAUACUAUCUAACUUGUAUAAUAUCACAAAAGCAACGUGAGAACACCGUGGCCAAUGGGGGGCAUCCUUCAAUCUCAGGAGUCGCCCUUCACAGUACGAAAUAGAUAAAGCAAAACCUCGGCCCAGUCCAUAACAACAAAGUACAUCGUAAUUAAGCAAACAGAAAAGGACUUGGACUAGACCGUACAUGAUACAGAAAAUGAGAAAAGAUAAAAAAGUUGCAUAGUGAAUCUCAGAAUGAGCGUUCAUAAUUCGUAAACUGUUCGAAUAAUAUGCGUAAACAUAGGAGAUGUAUAGUGUUCGUUGACGUCGUGUCUGUCAUCGCUUGUUGCAAACGGAAAAUAAAGGUUAUAAAUCAAAUCACGCUGGGCAGCAGAGUUUGCUGCCAUCAUCGUUCUUCUGGAAUUCGACGCCGCGCCAUCUCCACAGACCGCUCUCGGCGACUGCGAUGGUCAAAGGGGGUUUCAAUUAUUCUUGACGGCAUCCCACCUCGCGGCUCGAUUGCAGAGCGAGGUUCCUCUUCGCGUUCCCUCGAUAGCCGAUAUGAAGGGGGCUGUUUACGGUCGUCUUGCACAUCACGGUCCCGGGAUGAGACGGACGAGUUGUCUUGGACAGGAGUGCCAGGUCGAUGUGUUGAGUCGCCACUGGCACUGAACCCGUGUCUUGGUGCUUGAUACCAGGUCACGUCACUUUUGUGGCGCUUGUGACCGCGGCGAUUUCCCUGUUGACUACUGGGCGGAUUGUUUGGCGGGUUAUUGGCAUAUUCUUGCUGGCUGAGGUUUGGCGGGGAUCUAGAUCGAUGAGUGCUGGAUGCUCGGCUAUGUUGAUAUCCAUCUCCUGCCACUUUGCGCUUCUUUUGAGACUCGCCUGUAGGAAUAAAAGAGAGCACAGGUUAGUUCAAAACGACUCCCGUUUGCGUUUAUUCUUGGACGAACCAGAAGGUGUUGCUGGUCUAUUGGAGCUGCUCCCGCCAGUUAGCGACCCAGGGGGUUGCCAAUGGUGGAAAUAAAUAGACGAGUUGCUCUCAUUAGAAGGUGCCUGCAAUACGCUACGCUGAGGUUGAUACGUCCCAGAUGCGCCGUGGCUAGAUGAACCGGACACAACAGUUCCGCUACUGGCAGAGUGGGUUAUAGCUCCAGAAACGGUCUGACCCCGCGGUCUGCCUUGAGCAUCCGGAUAUGAUGCGUAUCCUGUUGGCUGUGGCUGUGGGCCAGAGCUCACAACAGCUUGUGAAGCAUGAUAUUGCCCAGGUUGAACACCGUCCCUCAAUGGCUCUGGAGACGCCGCGCGUUGAGCUGGUAACAGUUGUGGGGGAUGUCCCUGCUGAGGUGGUAAAAGUGACUGUGCCCAGUCGAUCGCUGCUUGAGGUAGAACUCCUCCUCCCAUGCCUGCAAAGACCAAUGGCACCAUGGGAGGUGGGAUACCCCCACCCAGAGAAGCCCUCAGUAUAUCCAUUUCUAUUUUUCGUUGCUCAAGUCGUAGGCUCUCUUGGCGUGUCUUUUCCUCUUCCUGCUUUGUCUUUUCUUCUUCCGUCUUUGCAACAAGCCAAGUGCGCAUAGACUCAUCCCCGCCUUGCCAGUGGGGAGAGUGUUGGGCAGACUGUGGCGGUGGAGGAAGCGACGACGAGCCCCAAGAAUCUCUCUGAUGAUGACUAUGAGCUGGUGGUGGCAUUGGUGGCGCAGGUUGACCAUGGUGUGGGUGAUUGACUGGUUGAGGGUGUGGUGCUUGUGCCAUUGGAGGGGGAGGUUGUUGCUGUGAUAGUGCCAGGGCAGCUGGAGGGGGCAACCCUCGAGCAUGGGUGUUUGCCAUAGUCUCUCCUCCGUAACUAUAACUUCUAGGUAUUCGAGCUGACUCAGACGAAGAGUAUGAAUAUCGAUCUAGCCGAGAAGCCGAAUCAAAAGAGUCUGGUGGUGUGGUUGGUUGCUCAUGGGCUGGCCUCGAGGCUGCCGUAUAUUCCUGAUGGCUUGUAAGUUUCAUGGUGUUAUUAUAAUACAGAAUUUCGAAAUGUGAAACGACGGUGCAAGACAGAAGUAGAGGUAUAAAAGCAAUGCAAGAGGACUAGAAGAAUACAAUAUGUGCCAGCCAAGCAAAAGAGGAGAUAUAUAUCAGACGUGUAGUGUUCAACAAGAGACAGGAAACAAAUCAGGGAGCAUAGCAUAAAUAGGAAAGAGGAAAAGAUCUGGAAGAGUAGCCAAGCAAAUGGGAUGGAACAAUAUAAAUCAAAACAACAAUGCAUUAGAAUAACCGUCAAAGGGGUCAGUCGCCUACCUUUAAGCUGGACCCUAUUUUAACCAGUAGUUGGGCUGCGCGGAGCGCCUGCGCUUGUGUCGAAACGUGGGCGAGGCUUGUUGGGUGGUAGCGAGAAUGGAGGACAAAGGUGGGAUGAAGCUCAUUCGACCAUUGCUUUCAAUAAUGGGGUUUCUCUAGGUUUAAUGAGGCAAAAGGCGACCUGAAACGACCAAAAGGUUUGGCAGGGUGGUCGAUUUCGGGGAUAGGGUCGAUGGAGCAGAUGGGGUCGUCAGGGUUGCUUCGGAUGCUGCGUUUCCCCUUGCAAAGCCACUAGCUCUAGAAAGCUUAGUCGUGCCUGAAUUGGGAAUAAGACGACUUGGACGAGUCGACCUCAAUUCAUACGCGAGUAUUUUUCUGUGGUUUGCACGUGUAGACAACUUGGCGGCAGUAUCGACGGCGGUGCUACUAAAAAGACAAAAGGGUGUGCUAGAACAGCUGCAGCCCUGAGAGUCUCAAUCUCAAAUUAGAAAUAACCGGGUCGAGGAAAUGUGAAAGAUUUGCAAGGUUGUCUUGCAGGAAAGAGACGGAUCGAGCAUAUAUAUGCGCCGAGAGUAAAGAGAUUCCAAGGGGGUUGCUGCAAGUUGAGAUUGCAGAUUGGCGAUGUAAGAAGUCAACCGAUCUUUGGUAUCGGCGAGGAAACGACGUGACAAAAGAAACGAGUUUGAAUUUGCAAAGGGACGCAAUAAGGGGCCAGUGUAGUGACUAGGACGAAGAAAAGAAGAAAACAAAACGAGCCCCGUCUACCUGAACACGCACGAGGGAAACGGUCUAGCUUGACGCUGAGGGUCGCCUGGCGGGUCGCGUGGUGGUGGCCGGUUUGGAUAGCUGGUCUGAUUCCACUACCUAGUUAAGACAAAAGGUGUCUUCUCUAAAGAGUACGGACUGUCGGACUGUCAAGAACUAGCUAAAGGGGUCGAGGUGAGGCGUAUGUGCUGCUAGGUAGGAAAUAUCUUGGGUCUCGCGGUGAGUUGAGGUGAAAGCCCGGGGGAGGGGCGUGGUUAAAAAAGGAGGACAAAGGGAAUCGAGAAGGGGUGAGCAAAAGAACGAAACGGGGAGUAGGGGAC